AUGUCUGAAAUUGUAGUAUUUUUAGGUAACUUGAAAACCGCACCCCAUGAAGUUCAUAAUUCCCGUGCAGAGUCGUUGGGAUUUACGGUCAAAACCGAAAUUACAGAGAAUACAAAAUACGUCGUGUGUGGUGAGAAUGUUGGACCAGGGGUGGACGAAGCUCGAAAUUUAGGCCUUACUAUACUUGAAGAGGAAGAAUGGGAAGACAUUCUCGUUGAACGUGAGAAAGAAAUUACAAAGAUAUCCCAAGGGACGAGUGAGAAAAGAACAAUUGAAGAAGACGAGAGUGAAAAUGAUCUCCAAGACACGUUCGCAAAACCCACGACUUAUAUGGUGGCGGGGAAUAGAUACUGGGAAAUCAGACUCGAUGGUCGCAAAACGCAUAUUAGGACCGGGAAAGUUGGUGAAAGGGGACUUACAAGCAUGAAAGAGCAUAAAAACUGGGCCGAUGCUAAAAAAUCAAUGACUGACUUGGUGGAAAAAAAGAAAAGUCAGGGGUUUCAAAAGCAACGUAAACCAAAAUCCGAUAUUACUGGGUCUAAAACCGCGAAAAAAAGAAAACAAAAACUUGACGAUAGUGAUGGUACGUCAAACACAGCAUCACCCGUUGACGACGGUAAUGAGAUGAUGGAUUUGUCACCUGACGAAAACGUGACAAGUGAUAGAGAAAAAGUAAGACGAGAUGACAAGAAUCAUGGAGAAGGUUCCUCAACCAUCUCGCCAAAAUAUAAUUUUAAAAAACCUUCCGGUUUGCCAUCUUCGAUUGUUAAGUCCAAACCAAUUUCGAUCAUGAAAGGCCGCGUACCCGAACUUUUACUUGCUCAUUCGUGGAAAGAGGAUGAAGUCGAUCCAGUUGGAUGGUGGAUGUCCGAAAAGCUAGAUGGUGUAAGAGCAUUUUGGUGUGGAAAGCAAGGAAAAUUCUUCUCUAGACAAGGAAAUUGUUAUGUGGCGCCUGAGUGGUUCACGAAAGGGUUUCCCCGAGACGUUGAUUUGGAUGGUGAACUCUUCGGUGGUCGUGGAAAAUUUCAAUCAACUGUGAGCAUAGUGAAAGCUGGAGAAGAUGAGUGGAAAUCAAUAACUUAUGAGAUUUUUGAUGUGCCUUCAUAUAUGAAUGCACCUUUUGAGGAUCGUAUGUCAUUCAUUGAGGAUAUGUUUGAAAAACAAAAGCCGGCCUAUGGAAGAAUCGUUCAACAUAGACGCUGUAAAUCAGCUAAAGACGUAUGGGACGAAUUAAAGAGAGUCGAAUCGCUCGGAGGCGAAGGACUCAUGAUAAGAAAACCGAAAAGUGAAUAUGUGUGCAGUCGUUCAAAUGUGUUGUUAAAGGUUAAAUCGUUCUUUGAUGGAGAAGCACUUGUCGAAGGUUACGAGCCGGGAAAAGGAAAAUAUCAUAAUAUGACUGGUGCAUUAAAAUGCGUUAUGGCUUGUGGUAAAAAGUUUAAAGUUGGUUCUGGGAUGACCGAUGAGGACAGAAGAAAGCCACCAAAAAUAGGGAGCAUCAUCGUGUAUAGAUGCCAAGAGCUUUCCGACAGUGGGAACCCAAGGUUUCCUACAUUCGUUGGAAUUGCUGCAGAUAAGGAUAAGCCCAAGGACCCUGACUUUGGUCACAAGUUGAAAGUCAA